CGUUCAUAAUCAGUCUUUCCCACGACGUGGGCCAAUUAGGACUUAUUUUUUGAUUAGCUCUGGACCUAAAACGCUCGGAAAAUAUUGUGUUGGUGCAACACGACUGGUUGUUGAAUAAUCCUGUGCUGUGCAUAUUUGUGUACAAACAGUGAGUGUAUUUCAGCCGUUUUCGUAAACUGAGUGACAUCUUUGAAAGUUCGGGCGUGAAAGUUUUGCUACUGAGGCGAUUGAAAAGUCAAUUGAAUCUCAUUACAAAGAGUGUAUCAGUGAUUGAGGAAGCGCUUGUUGUUACACACGCUGGAAGACCAACAGGAUCUAACUAAUUCAGAGUUUGACUUUUGACCGAACUCUUUAUCACAAUUCGAACGCAAUUAUGCAUAACAAGGAGUAUCAUGUUUACAUACAGUUGUGAUUAAGGUUGAUAAUCGAAUUGCUGUUUUACGUCUUUUCUGAGACAUCAACGCCGCGAGUGUAUUUGAUUCCGAAGGGAAUUGUUUGAUGAGUCAUUGAAUUCCGUGUUUAUACGAGACGUUUACUUCUACUUGAUAGCUAAACUCAUUGUUGUGGUUAUCGGAUUGGCUUUUGAACCGGCGAUUCGUACGAAAGUCUAAAGAUCAACAAACUAAACCUCUUGGCCUAUAUUGUACGAUAAAGUAAGCCACUUUGCUAGGUGAUCGGUUCCCGUUAUAUAUGCGCCGUGACGGAAGCCAGCGACAGAGAUUUUCUGCUACUCUAUAUGUCAACCUGAACCGGCUUUCUUCAGUGUCCUCUUUCACAGCAGAAAACAAAAACACCAACCAGUGGCAUAAAAAUCCAUCGUGAAUUCAUCAAUAAAGCGCGCUCGUUAAGACACCGGGAACCGGUUCUCACCUGGCAGCAUAACCAUGACCUUGGCUAACGCGAACUGUGCGGCAGUCGUUUGGUUGGUGCUCCUCUGCUGCUUUGGCAACGGUCGACUGCCAACAGUUGCAGCAGGUGAAAGCAUCUUCGAUAACAUCAUCAAUCAGCUGAUGUCGACCGCGGCGACGGCACAGAACUAUCUGGACACUACAGCUGAGUCGCCGCAGUCCCUCGGGGAGCCAUCGGUGGAUGUGUCCACUGCGUUUUUUGGUGUGACCACGGGAAAUCGUGCUCCGACGACCAGUGGAACCUUUAGCAGCUCGAACGAGGCGAUAACGCCAUUCUGGAAUCCGUUCACCUGGCUGAAACCACGAGCGGUAUCCAUUCCGUACAACCCUGAUACGGAUUUGACUACGCCGGAAAUCGCAGUCCGCCAUGGCUAUCCGGCCGAGUCGCACACUAUCAAAACGGGCGACGGUUAUCUACUCACCAUGCACAGGAUCCCGUGUGGGCGAAUCGGAUGCUCCGGCGGGAAAGGCUCCGGCCAACCGGUGUUCCUCCAGCACGGGCUCCUGUCGAGUUCGGCCGAUUGGCUACUUAGUGGGCCGGAAAAGGCACUGGCAUUCAUCCUGGCGGAUAUCGGAUACGACGUAUGGCUCGGCAAUGCCAGAGGCAAUACGUACUCGAGAAAGCAUGUUUCGAUGAGUAGCGAUGAGACGGCAUUUUGGGAUUUCAGCUGGCACGAAAUGGCCCUGCAUGACAUUCCGGCGGAGAUUGACUUCGUUUACGCAAUGAGAGAAUUGGAACAAAAUAACACCCAGCGGAACUUGCUUUACAUUGGACACUCGAUGGGAACGACAAUGGCGUUCGUAAUGCUGGCCAACAAACCGGAGUAUAAUGAGAAGAUCCAGGCGAUGUUCGCUAUGGCACCGGUGGCCUUCAUGGGUCACGUGAAGAGCCCUAUCCGGUUGCUGGCUCCCUUUUCCCACGACAUUGAGAUGAUCCUGAAGUUCUUUGGCGGUAACGAAUUCAUGCCGCAGAACAAAAUCAUCCGCUAUCUGGCCAAGUAUGGCUGUGAGUUGACUGAGGCGGAAAAAUACAUCUGUGAGAACACCGUUUUCGUCCUGUGCGGGUUCGACAAGGAGCAAUACAAUGCCACCCUGAUGCCGGUGAUUUUUGGUCACACCCCGGCAGGAACGUCCACCAAAACGGUAGUGCACUAUGCCCAGGAGAUUCACGACGAUGGCAAUUUCCAGCAGUUUGAUUACGGCGAGUCGGAGAAUCAACGGCGCUACGGACAGGCGCAACCUCCAAGCUACAAUCUGGGCCAGAUCAACACUCCGGUGGCGUUGUUCUACGCCAACAAUGACUGGUUGGCAGGGCCAGUGGAUGUGGCCAACCUGUUUAACCGGCUGACGAAGACGUCGAUCGGCAUGUUCAAGGUGCCGAACGACAACUUCAACCAUGUCGAUUUCCUGUGGGGUAACGAUGCACCGGAAGUGGUCUACAAACAGCUGCUCAUGCUGAUGCAGAGGUAUAAAUAGAGUAGGGUAGCUUAGCUUUUAGGGAGAUUUUAGAAUAGAAAAUGUGGCAUUUCAACACCCAACAUGACAAAAUCGAUGCUUUAAUAUGUUGUUACACUUUUAGGCCGUAGUAUACGUAGUUGAUGUCUAGAUGACAUUAAUUUUUACACACACUUUAUGUAUAAAUCAGUUUAUAGAUU